AUGCUCGCCCACGCGACGCGCCGAGCGACGUCCCGACUCGCGCGAUGCGCGCGACAAAACGUCCAGCGUCGAUCGAUGUCCGGCGGCGCGUCGAUCGAGGAAGAAAUCGCGGAGAUGAAUAAAUGGCGAUCGGUGAGCAUGCUCGCCGUCCCGGCGUGCGCGGGAUUCGGGGUGUACACCCUGGCGAACGUCGAGCACACGCACAACGAGCACCCGAAGUACUCAUACUUGAGAAUCAGAAACCGAGAGCAAUUCCCGUGGGGGGGAGAUCUCGGGUUGUUCGAGUACCCGUCCAAGGAGCACUAG